GUAUAAGUAAAAGUGUCAAAGUUCAGCUGAAGCAGGGACGAUUACAGAGCAAAUUUUGUGUGUAUUUGUAACUAGGGCACCAGAGCAAUAGAGGAAGCCAAAAUGAGCCGGAAAAGCAAAAGGAGUUUAAAGGAGAAAUUUGCCUUGAAGAACAGCUUGGUUAAAGAAGCUCUUUCAGAAUUCCUGGGAACUUUUAUAUUGAUAGUGCUUGGAUGUGGGUGUGUGGCGCAGGCCAUCCUUAGCCGAGGAGCACAUGGCGGGCCCAUGACAGUCUCUGUUGGAUUUGCAAUGGCAGUCACCAUAGCAGUGUACGUGUCUGGGGGGAUUUCUGGUGGUCACAUAAACCCAGCCGUUUCAUUAGCCAUGUGCGUGACUGGAAGAUUAAAAUGGACCAAAUUACCAAUUUACAUAUUAGCACAACUCCUGGGAGCAUUUGUUGGAGCAGCAGCUGUCUUUGGGAUUUAUUACGAUGCCUUUAUGGAGUACAGCAACGGAACACUUGAAGUCACAGGACCUAAUGCCACAGCACAUAUCUUUGCAACAUAUCCAGCUCCAUAUCUAUCCCUCAUAAAUGGAUUUGCAGAUCAGGUGAUGUCAACAGCUGUUCUUCUUCUGGCUAUAUUUGCUAUUUUUGACACCAGAAAUAACAGAGUACCAAAGGGCCUGGAGCCAAUUGCAGUUGGACUUCUUAUAAUCGUUCUUACUUGCUCCCUGGGAAUGAACAGUGGCUGUGCCAUGAACCCAGCCAGGGACCUCGGCCCAAGGCUCUUCACAGCCAUUGCGGGAUGGGGAAUGGAAGUAUUCACAGCAAACCCGUAUGGGACUUAGGAAGAACUUGAGCUUUGUUAGGUACCUGGAAGCCUUGGAUCAGCUGCAGGCCACAUGAGAAGUCUAUACAAUUGUAGCUGGGAUCCUGAGCCGCCUUGUGCUCUGCUGGCAUCACAUAUGUACAAGGGACUUAAGUGAUACAGCCAAAGUUGAUAACUAAACCUUGGAUGUCUCAGCUUAACCAGGAUUCACAGCCUUGAGACGGGUGUUUAAGCUCUCUGGUAAAAGGCAGGAACUGAGACCUAAGCAUGAAGCCUCUUCUGAGACAUGAGGAAAGUGUUGCACAAACUGAGCAAUAGGAAAUACUGAAGAGACAUUAAACACUGCCUGAAAGCAUUUCACGGGGUGACUGAGUCACUCUGUCCAGGUCAGUGAAUGCUCAAGUGGUGUGUACAGACUAGCCAGGGACCACCACAAAAGCAUCACUUUGGACUAGGUUAAAGGAUGAGACUCUCUGACACCAUGCUCCAUACAUUGAGAUAAUCAGUUCUCACAAGGAAAGUCCACUUUACCCUUUUUCAUGCUUGACAGACCAGUAAAUUCUAGUUUUUAUCUGGCAGAAAGCUGUAAGUACACCGGAGGGAGUUCUCCCACUGGACCAUGGUGUUGUCCAGAGGUUUGAGAGGCAGCUGAGAUGGGGUCUAUAAAUGUUGCUGUUACUGGCAUGCACACACCUGAAGGAGCAGUUUCCCAACACCUGCUCCUGGGAACACAGGCUGUGGCGUGGUUUCCCUAGCCAGUGGGACCAGCCUAGCUUUGGUUAGAGGCUCCCUAAGAAGCUGUUCUGACUGGCUGCACCUGGAUGGGCGUGGGUGUCCACACGGCCUGCUCUGCAGAGCUGUGGUCAGCACGGCGGCUUGAUCCUGCGCAGGCUGCCCUGCUUGGUGGGUGCCUCGGAAGAACUGUCCGUGUCAUGGGAGGCAACGGCAGGCUUUAGGGACCUGCACGUUUCUAGUGAUUUGCCUUGUAACGACGGAGACAAACAGCAGUCUUCCUUAAGCACAUACCUAAUACUUGAAUAUGCUCAGAAAAACCCCACUUUUGGUUAGCGCAGUUUCGACUGUCGCGAGAGAGCCGCCGGAGCUGUGUGUACGAAGCCCCGGCCUGGACGGUGACGAAGGUAUCAGCGUGAC